GUAGGUGCAGACCGAAACGUGUACUGUGUCAGCGUAUAAGUUAACCUUGUUAUGUUAAUUAGAGAGUUGGUUGCUUAUAAAGACUAUAGCCUUAUGACACUACGCGACGGGUGAAAGACUAUUCGGGAUUGUUUGUGGUGAAACGAAAUCUUGCGUUCUCGUUCCGAUUUAGUGCGUUUUAAAGUGCAAAAGUGUACGAACACGAGGAUAGUGCCGACUCGACGGCUGGGCGGCCCUUGCAGGGCAUGGCGGCCACAACGUACCUGCCGGCGAGUAGUGCAGACCUAGAAGGCACAGUUGUCGGGAUGAAUAUUGUAAGCGGGUACCAUACAAGCGCGUCGCCGCGAUCUGCGGCCGACGCUAACGAGAUGAAAUAUUUGCCACAACACCAUAGCCACCAUAAUCAUAUGGCUAGUUCUCCGAGUCCGGGAGGACAUGCCGCGAUGUCCCUAUCGGCGGCGAAUCCAUGGGUGAGUCUUCAACCGGGUACAGACCCUUGGGGUGCUACUAUGGCGAGCAUGCACGCCCACCACCACCCUCAUCACCAAGACGUAAAGCCCUUAGCCGCUCAGCAGGCUGAUAUGAUGCAUCAUCAUCGUCAGCAGCAACAAAGUAUGGGCUCCCCACAUGGCUGGCACGGACCUGUCGCAUCAGCUCAUUACAACCCCGGUGGUGCCGGAUCGCCUCUUCAUCAAUACCAUUCCGUUAUGAACGGUAUGUUAACCCAUCAUCAAGGAGCGCCACAACUCCAUCACCCUCUUCAUAGGGACAUGCAAAGUCCUCAUCAUCCCCAGCAUCCAGAUAGGGAUGUGAGCGGUGGCGAGGACGAGACGCCCACCAGCGACGAUUUGGAAGCCUUUGCGAAGCAAUUUAAGCAGCGACGGAUAAAGUUGGGAUUCACGCAGGCGGAUGUGGGUUUAGCGUUAGGAACACUAUACGGCAACGUUUUCUCGCAAACGACCAUUUGCAGGUUCGAGGCAUUACAGUUAAGUUUUAAAAAUAUGUGCAAACUGAAGCCGUUACUUCAAAAAUGGCUCGAGGAAGCCGACUCGACGACGGGCUCGCCCACGUCCAUCGACAAGAUCGCGGCUCAAGGCCGAAAGAGAAAAAAGCGCACCAGCAUCGAGGUGUCGGUAAAGGGCGCGCUUGAACAGCACUUUCACAAGCAACCCAAACCCUCCGCUCAAGAAAUCACUUCUUUAGCCGAUAGUCUCCAGCUCGAAAAAGAAGUGGUCAGGGUAUGGUUCUGUAACAGACGUCAAAAAGAGAAACGGAUGACGCCCCCGAAUACGCUGGGCAGCGAGAUCAUGGAAGGCAUGCCGCCCGGUAGUCACAUGCAUCCAGGCUACGGCCACCACCCCGACAUGCACGGCUCGCCUAUGGGUCAGCAUUCGCACAGCCACAGCCCGCCGAUGCUUUCGCCGCAGGGCAUGGGCCACCAGCUGACUGCCCACUAGCACGCGGCCCACUGGGCCUCCCUUUUACACCACAGUGACAACGGCUAGUGAUGACUGCCGCCCUAGGCGGCCCCGCUACCUCAUGGACAAUUUCCAUCCUCCGGCCGUUGAGGAGGCCGAGUGGACUCUCUCUCAGUGCGAACGAGUACUAGUACCUUAGCAAAGGCCCUUCCAGGCUCAACUGUACAUUACUGUAAAUAGAGUGACUGGUCCUGCGGAUCCUGUAAUAUAGUAGUAGACAAUUUUCAGACGAUUUGUACAUAUAGGGAAACAGCCCGCGUCGCUAUCGACGGAUUUGUGCGUUGAAUGUAAUCCUGGUCAGUGUAAUUGAAGAAGAUGUGUAGGGCUGAAGUUGCGCGCGGAUGAUCUAUUCAGGUAACAUGGAUUUAUUUUAUCCAUUGUUAAAAUCUCUCUUAUCCGUAAAAGUUUUUAUUUUAUUCCAAUUCUUAAUUUUGAUAAUUAUUAUAAUAACUUCAUUAUUAGCAUCAAACUCAUGGAAGUUCUUAGAUAAAUUUUUCAAAACCUCGAAACUCAAGAAAUAUUGUUGAAGUCAUUCUGUUGAAUCUCUUUGUUUCAAAGCAAAUACACUUGUUGGAAAAAAUAUCUAAGAUAUAUGAAUUUUAUAGUCUACAGCAUAUCCUUAGAUUGUCUUUACUAGAACAAAAACCUUUUUUAAAAUUUGACAUUUUGAAAAAAAUGCAUUCCUCAUAAAAAAAUUUGCUUGUUCGAUAAUGGUUAAUCCCGUUUAUACCUUUCAAAAUGUACAUACUGUCUUUUUUGUUUGAAAAUAUAGUUGAAUUAGUCCUAAAAAUCAAAACGCGUCUAUGGUAAUAUAAUUGCAUUUUUAUUCUUUGAUAGAUUAUUAUUGAUAAAAUUUUAAUUAACUUCAUAUUUUUAGCUAUUUUAAAAUGCUAAAGAAGCACAAUAAUUAUAGGAAAAUAUGAUACUUUUACAACAGGGAAAAAAAUAUGACGUUAAUGAAAAUUAAUAAUAACCAUCUUGGUAGAUGGUAAGAAUGAAAUCAAAAUUGUAUUACCAUAGAAACGCCUUUUGAUUUUUAGGAAUUCAUUUUGUCAUGUUUUUUUAUU